AUGCCAUGGUGCUUAAGACGGUUUCUUCGAUUUCUGGUGUCAUUACUGGCGAUAAUAGUGAUUCCAAUAUCAUGGCUAGUGAACAAACGGAGAAAAGGAACAUGUCCGCCACCUACGAAUCCAUUGCUUUUUAAAUCGGCUACUGCUUUAACAAAGAUGAUCAGAAACAAACAGUUAAAGUCAGAGCAACUACUGUCAGCUUACAUUGAAAGAUGUAAAGAAGUGAAUCAGUAUUUGAAUGCAAUCGUCGAGCCACGAUACGACAUGGCUUUAAGAGACGCCAGGCUAAUCGAUAAAAUGCUGGCUGCGUACACUGGAUCCACUGAAGCACUGGCAGAAAAAUAUCCUUUGCUUGGGUUGCCCAUAACAGUCAAAGAGAGCAUAGCAGUCGAGGGUAUGAGUAAUGACUCCGGCACGGUCUGUGAUUUUAGAAAUCCCGCAAAAAAAGACGCGGAAAUCAUUAAGCUUGCUAAAGCAGCCGGAGCCAUUCCAAUAGCCGUGACGAAUACGCCGCAACUAUGUAUGAACUGGGAGACCUACAACAAUGUCACUGGACUGACUUUAAAUCCGUAUAAUUUAAAAUGCACAGUUGGUGGAUCUUCGGGUGGUGAAGCUGCGCUUAUCUCAUCAGCUGCAUCUAUUAUAGGAGUGGGAUCGGAUAUUGCAGGAUCAUUGCGACUUCCCCCGAUGUUUACUGGAAUAUAUGGACAUAAACCUACGCCUAAAUUAAUAUCUGUUGAAGGCCAUAUACCAGACAGCUUGGAUCCUGAUUUUGAAGAAUAUUUUUCUCUUGGUCCAAUAACUCGCUAUGCCGAAGAUCUGCCGCUACUUUUAAAAGUUUUGAAACAACCAAACUCACCGGAAAUCCCAUUCGACAAACCCAUAGAUUUUAGAAAAAUAAAAUUCUAUUACAUGGAUGGAGAAGGAAGCGAUGUAACCGACAGAAUAGGUUCUGAAGUAAAAGCAGCAAUGGAAAAAGCUAAAAGCUACAUAAGUCAUACAUACAACGUCGAAGUUGAGGAGCUAAAAAUAAAGAACAUAGAACACAUGUGGGAAAUCAGUGUUAGAGUUCUUUUUAAAAUAAAACAUGUUCGUAAUAUUUACACCGAUCCAGAAAGACGAGAAUUUUGGAUAUCUACUUGGCCAGAAGUGGUAAAGAAACUAUUAGGAUUUUCCAGACAUAACUUUACGUGCGUCGCGUAUGGCCCGGUAAAAAAAUUCUUUGAUGCCUUACCAUCGGGAUAUUAUAAACAACUGGUUGCAAUGUUUGAAGAGAUCAAGACUGAUUUUCAAAAAGCUUUAUCUGAACACGCAGUUUUAUUCUACCCGACAUUCCCGAAUCCAGCUCAUGUGCACUAUAAGAUAUUUUACAAGUUCUUAAACUGUGGAUAUUUGACCAUAUUCAACGCUUUAGGUUUGCCCGUUACAGCGUGCCCUUUGGGAUUCACCGAUCACGGACUACCAGUGGGAAUGCAGAUAGUUUCAGGAAGGCACAAUGACCAUUUAACUGUAGCUGUAGCCAAAGAGUUAGAGAAAGCUUUCGGUGGUUGGGUGCCCCCAAAUACAUCAUUAGAAACGGUUCAAAAGUAUAAAAGUAUAGAUGAUUCUGGAGAUUUUAAUGUAAAAGACAAUAAUAGUAACAUAUAUCACAAUAUAAAUAACAAUUUACAAUAA